UCGUUGGACAAACGACCUCCUGAAGAGAAAGCUUUGCCGUAUCGGUUGCCUUGUUUUGUGUCAUUCGAACUUGGCUCACACUGGCCUGCUGUCUCAUCCACAUAACCACAUACCUAGGCGCCGCUAGCCCCGUAUUAUUGAUCCGAUCUUGGACCAACCAUGUCAUCCCUCAUGCUUGACCGCUCCAGAAUUCGCGGUGCAGGUGGGUUCCCAUGGGGGGAACCUGCUGCUGCACCCCGCAGCCAGGGACUUGACCGGGACUCUGCAAGUACCUCUUCCCAAAGUGACGACUUUUCCGACCUCUUUGACUGGACGGCAUAUGAAAGGCAUGGCACAUCUGAUGUGACCACACAAUCCCAACACUCGGCCGAAGGCGCCAAGGGUGUUCCCGCAUUCCCCAGGUCACCCCAGUCGUCACCCCAGUCACCCGGUCCUGCUUCCGAUCUUGAUGGGGAUCUUCCCAUGCCAGACGUUGAAUCAGACCCCCACGUUCUCGUCUGGCCCGUCCUAGGACCGGAACCAACACGCGAGAUGUCGCCCAUCGAGCUCCGUCCCCCUCACCUCGGCCAACCAGACAUGACUGCCCCCAGAGCUGUCCAAAACGAGCGGCCCCAGAGCAAGAGGCCUCGAGUUCUGGAAUCCCCAGAGCAGACCAAGGAGGUACGCGAUGCCGGUGCGUGCUACCACUGUAGGAUGAACAAGAGCAAGUGCUCUCCUACUUCUGCCUGCGAACCCUGCUUGAAACAUCCCAAGCCCGAGCUGGCCUGUGUUCGACAGCUUCUGUCGAGCAUGGUCGCCAGCCAAAGUGCACGCUGGAACUUGAGCGAGCCUCCGAGGCGUGAACCCAUGAAUGAAGGCGGGUCCUUCGUCAUUUUUAUCUCUUUCUCAGACAAGACCAACAGUCGUUGCUUGCCCUUGACGGUGGCUCCCUUCAUUCACCCUGACCAGGGCACUCGGUUUGGUAUCUCAUUGUCAUCGCAACCGCUGCAAGAGAAUGCCCUUCUGGCGUGGGCACAGGAUGAUAUGCAGAUGGAUGACAGAAUCGAUGACUUUGAGUCGCUCCUCAACCACUUCCACAUCCACCAUGUCCGCGGCGAAGGUUUGAAGAGGGCCAUGGACCGCGCAACUGCGGGCAAGCCGAUCAAGGCUGUGGAAAGCCAGAAGAAGCUCUUGUCUAAUUUGUUAGAGUUGAAGCUGAUGUGGAAGAUCUGGAGUUGCAAAGACUUCUUUGGCCGGCGGCAAGAAGCCGGUGCUGGCCGCCCCCUUGGGUUGCAGUUCUCCUCCGUUCAGAGCUGGCUUCGCUUCACCGCGGCCUCGGCAAUUUCGAGGCUCGAAAAGAACAUUCUGGAGGUCUUUGAUGAAUACCUCAAGAAAGAUGCUGCUGGCUUGACAACCGCGACCAAGCCGAUUCUCGAGCUUUCGAGAUGGGUGUCGCUCUGGCAAAUGAUCUUGGUCUACCGCCAGUCGCUCAGGCUGCUCCAGGAGCACAAUGAAGCGGAACCAUAUGUGCCAGGAGUUGAGACCAAUGAGAAGCGACGGAGGUUUCGAACGACAACCGCGGACUUGUUUCGUAGCGUUGUUGUAAUUUACUGGGAGCUGUUCCACAAGCCAAAGACAAUUCAGAAUAUCCAGAACCCCGAGGUGAGACUUUUCGGAGAUGAUGCUCUCCAUAGAGGGUUCCAGAGCGUGGUGGCUGCUGUGCCAACAUUCUACCAGCAAGUGGCAAAUCUGAGUUUGCCGGCAGACGAGUUCUUCCGGGCACAUCUUGUCGACAGAGACCUCAAGAAGCCCAAGACGAAGCGCCGCUAGCUUCAUAAUGGUGUAGCUCUUGAGUGAGGGCGCUCUGGGUAUUUGUUAUGAUUGACGAUGUCGAUGAGGUUGAUGACUCGAUGCCAUUUAUGACGAUUGAUGACUGUUUUCUUGGCGUUAUGGAUGGGAAAAGACAAGGCCCCCGCGGGUGGUUGGGGUGUUUGGGUACUCAAGAAUGUUGCAUAGGCCCGAAAGGUUGCUUGAUCUGGCAUCAAGACUUGUCAGGUUAUGCUGAGCCGGGCGCUGGAGGUUUUGUCGUCUUUGUGAGGUGCUACUCUGUUUUGCCUUUUGUCUGGGAGAAAGUCGAAGAGAGGUUGUCAGAUACGUUCCAAAGAUA